AUGUCCGCUCCAAUCUAUCAAGACGACCUGGACCGCGCGGGAGGGUUUGGAACCCGGGAUGCUAUUGGGACACCAUUUCCCGAAGCUGUAGAUGCCACUGAUUUUGAAAAAGCUGUCGGAGAGCCUGUGGAUGCUGAGACUCAACCUGCCGGUCCACACACAGGCAUUGGCUACGACGACGACCAAGUCGAGGCUGCCAUUGGUCAGGAGCCGAAUGAUCUGUCCUACCAAACGCUGAACGACUACUUCGUGCCAGCGUCGGGACAAACACAGGGUGACGCGAUUUCGAAGUAA